AUGGACUCGACACGAACAAUAUCCGAGCUGAAAUCAGCAUUCAUAUGGGGCCAGGUUCGCAUCCUCUCCGAGAGCCUUGAUCUGCCAGAAGACUGGAGGAACUAUGCUGUGGACACCGACGAGGGCGACCUGAGCGACAAGGUGGUGGAAGACGUCUUGCACAAAGUCAACGCCGCUGCAAAACAACACAACCGCGUUGUUUACUCCUCCCAAGCCAUACACCAUGUCGCGCAGCAGAUUGCCAGUCUGUACUGGUCAUCCGUGAGUCAAGAGGCGCGCAGCCGGAGUGCCUUUGCGAACGGCAUCGAAAAGACAGUGGACCUGUCCAGCCACAUAAACAUCACCAACUUGCCGAUGGAACUAGAAACGCCGGGGGCAAGCUACGAAGAGAAGACACGAUUCCAGCAGCUCCGGGAGCGCCUCCUUGCGCUCGACGACCAACGACAGCAGCGGCGACGGCGCUUAGACCAACUGCAGCAUCUGCAGCAAUUACUGGAACCGUUCCAGGACCCUCAGAAGAAUAUCCAGCCGAACCUUGUCACCCGGGACGGGGAACUGGUGCAGGAACUGGAGAAGAUGCGCAUGCUGGUGGCCCGCGUGGGUGGGCGAAUUGCACAGCAAAAGAAAAGCGGCCGAGGAGUUGAAAGUACACACGACUACUCGCUUCCGGGAUCAGAUCAGAGACUGGACGCGUUGCUGGAUACGUGGGAUAGAUCAUGA